CAUAAAUAAACUAAAUAAAUAUACGGAGAGAAUAUCAGAUCCCUUCCAGAAUAAAAUAAAAUAUCGGGUCCCUAUCAGUAGAUGUGGCCAGAUCUUAUUCAGAAGGCAAAGGAAGGUGGAGUUGAUGUGAUUCAGACUUAUGUUUUUUGGAAUGGGCAUGAGCCUGAACCUGGAAAGUAUUAUUUUGAGGAGAUCAGGUAUGAUUUAGUGAAGUUUAUUAAGCUGAUUAAGGAAGCUGGGCUUUAUGUCCAUCUCAGAAUUAACCCUUAUGCUUGUGCUGAGUGGAAUUUUGGGGGUUUCCCUGUUUGGUUGAAGUAUGUCCCAGGCAUUAGUUUCAGGACAGAUAAUGAGCCUUUUAAGGCUGCUAUGCAAAAGUUCACAACCAUGAUCGUGGACAUGAUGAAAGCCGAAAAGCUGUACGAAACUCAGGGCGGUCCAAUCAUACUAUCUCAGAUUGAAAAUGAGUAUGGACCGAUGGAAUACGAGCUAGGUGCACCAGCGGUGGGUUAUACGGAAUGGGCGGCCAAAAUGGCUGUGGAUCUCGGCACCGGUGUCCCGUGGAUCAUGUGCAAGCAGGACGAUGCCCCCGACCCAAUUGUUAGUAUUGCUCCUUUUUCUCAUCUGAGUUUCAGUAGUGGGCUUGUACAGUUUUUUUGUCCCCAUUCAUAGUGAUCAAUCUUGUUUGAGAUCUUGUCACUCUUGCACAUGGGUUCACUUCGUUAUUCUAUCAUGCCAUGAUGCCAAUCUGCUGGUUGUCUUCAAUUAAAUAAUCACAGAAGUAUGGAAUCAUGCCUCUUGCUUUAAUAAUGUGCAUAUCCUUCUUGAUUAUAAGAUUAGCAUGCUCAACUUUCAACCAUCACUCCUAUUUUUGAAGGAAUUAUUUGUAUAAUCCAAAGGUUUCUAUCUUUAU